GUUGGAACCUUGGAGGAACUAGGGUAACCCACGCUGUAACGAUUUCAGGAAGGGGAAGGGUGACGGGCAUAGACAGUGAAAGGGCAAAAAAAUGGAAGGGUACAAAGGGAUACGAGCAAGAGCGGCGCUGAUUUAUGUCCAAACCAUUUACUCCGGUUUCAACUUUCACCAGUUCAUCCAAUCCCAACAAUAAGAUCUGAAUAGAGGAAGACAGAAAAGAGAAGACGAAAUUCAAGAAUCAGAGUCCUCUUUUUGGCCAUCGAAAUUGGUAUUCGUUGUUGAAUUUAGUGAACUCCAAAAUUUACUGAGAAUUUUGAAUGGCUGAGAGUGGAUAUGAAUUGUCGGAUGAAGAAGCCGAUGAGUAUCGAGAUGUAUUGCAGUUGAGUAAGGAAGAUAUAAUGAACAAGGCAUUCCGUAGCGAUGAAGCAGCAUAUGAAUUUUACAGGAUGUUAGGCAAAUGUUUUGGUUUUGGUAUUCGAAAGGGUGACUCGGGAAAAGAUGACAGUGGAAGGGUUAUUCGUCGUAGAUUUUUUUGUAAUAGAGCGGGCCUGAGAGAACGUCGUCACUAUGAUAGGCUAGAUAGGCAGAGAAGUCAUAAACCGGAAACGCGGACAAAUUGUGAGGCAAAGUUGUCAAUCUUCCUUGAUGUGGUCAGUGGUAUAUGGAGGGUGAGAAAAAUAGUAUUGGAUCAUAACCACGAUUUAACUCCGACAUAUAUGGUUCAUAUGAUGACGAAUUUUAGAGAAAUAAAUUGUUCCGCUAAGGCACAAAUAUCUGGUAUGCAGGCUCAUGGUGUUCCGACGUCUAAGAUUCUGGGGUAUAUGGCUGGACAGUCUGGUGGCUAUUCUCUAAUGGGCUUCACUAAGAAGGAUGCUUACAAUUAUAUUAACAAGGCUAAGCGUGCAAAGAUUAUUGAUGGGGACGCUAACGCCGCUGUUGUAUACUUGGAGGGGAAAGCGGGGGCUGAUCCGAUGUCGAUGGCUAGGUAUAAUCUUACUAAGGAUAAUAUGCUAGCCAAUAUGUUUUAGGCAGAUGGUGGCAGUAGAGUUGAUUACCAAUACUUUGGGGAUGUUCUAGCCUUUGAUUCGACCUACAAGAAAAAUAAAUAUCAGAGGCCGCUGGUGAUAUUUUCUGGUGUGAAUAACCAUAAGCAGACGACAAUAUUUGGGUUUGGCGUGGUGUUAGAUGAAAGCGUUGGGUCUUAUAAGUGGUUGCUGGAAAAUUUGUUGGAAGUCAUGUGUAACAAGAAGCCGUCGGUUGUCGUCACGGAUGGCUGUGAUUCAAUGAAAGCUGCAAUCAAGUCUGUUUUUCCGGAGGCAACGCAUCGAUUGUGUGCUUGGCAUAUGGAGAAGAAUGUAACCGCUAAUGUGAAGGAAGAGGGACUACGACAAUGUUUCACCCGGUGGCUGUAUUCAGAGAUGGAAAUAGAUGAAUUUGAGGCUGAGUGGGAUGAUGCCAUUGAAGAGUAUGGGUUGCAGAACAGUUUUUGGGCCAAAGAAACUUUUCAGAAGAGGAUGAUGUGGGCUAAUGCGUAUUUACAGGACAAGUUCUGUGCAGGGUUUCGGACAACAUCCCGGUGCGAAGGCAUUAACGCAUACGUGAAGAAUUUUCUUAAGUCUAGGCACAGUCUCCUUGAUAUGGUUAAAAAUUUGGAGUUGGUCGUGCGAGAGUACCGAAAUAACGAAUUAGUUGCACAAUUUAGAUCACUCCAUGGGAUGCCAGUAAUGACAACUUGUUUGGAUCCUCUUGAAAGGUAUGCUGCAGAUGCAUACACACGGGAGAUAUUCGUUGAUGCGAAGAAGGAAAUAGUGGGUGUCGGUGCAGUUAAUUUUGUAGCCAAGAUAAGACGUUCUACUACAAUGGUGUACACGUUGGAGGAAUACGGUGACCCAGGUAGAGAGGUGAUUGUCCUGUACGAUAGGGUUUCAAGGAAAAUGGAGUGCGCAUGCAAUUUUUGGAGGCAAAAGGGAAUACCUUGUAGGCAUAUGUUUUUUGUAAUGAAGCAUGAGCACUUGACUCGAAUUCCUAAUAGCCUGGUUCUGAAGAGGUGGCGAAAGGAUGCAAAGUCGUUGGAUAAGUAUGCUGAGAUCACGGAAGUUGGUAGUGAAAUUGGUUUCUUGUUGCGCCAUGGUGCACUUCAUGCAGCCGCACAGUGGAUGCUUUAUGUUGGAGCCAAGAGCCCUUUGUCUUUCACACAGGCGCUUAAAGGUCUCCAUGCGCUGUGUCAAGAACUGGAUAGAGGCCCUGAAAAUGGGGGUCAGAAGAAAGCUCUUGAUAUGGUUGACUUACACGACCCUGUUGUUGCGAAGACUAAGGGUGCCCCUCGUGUGAGGAGGCAGGGCGGACGGAAGAGGCGCUGCACCCGUUGUCGCAAAACGGGUCACACAAAACGACACUGCAAUGCCGACCGGUCCUUUGUUUCCAAAUCUGAAGAGAGCAAAGAUUUUCAGGCUACAACUUUAGGGUCGGAGGAGUCUUCACCGACGGAAUGGCUGUUUGGCGUGCAGAUCCGAUUCGAACAAGGGAAGAAGGGUGUUACCGGUCCCAAUAAUUUGUGUGCACCGAUUUGGCUGGAGGCAUCAGGUUCGAAGAUUACCUCACAACAUGAAAUUUCUGCUGCAGCUGGACAUAAGGAGACUAUGGAAUGGGAGCCGAACACGAUAAGUAACACCGACGAAGUAAUAGCACAGCUGAUGACUGAAAUAACUUAUCUCAGUUCAAGAUUGGGUUCGAGCUCCGCAGCAUAAAUAGUUGUCCAAUUUGGUGUUCCUUAGAGAAUUCUGCCUCGUGUGAUAAUAGAAGUGGUUUAUGGUCUUUCUUAUUUUAAGUGUUAGUUCUUAUAUAUGCUUGAGUUUAUUAUUUGCUGGGUAAAAAGAAUGGCUACUUAAGUGCCAAUGAAAUGUAAAUUCAAGCAUUGAUUAAUGAGAUGUGGAUCACUUGUUAUAUGUUUAGGGUGGAAAAUUCUUGCAGGGAAGUAUUUGCUAUUUGUGUACGUUCGUUACAUGAAGUGUGUCUAAUAGCCUUGUUUUGAUGGUA